GCCGACAUGAUCUAUCUAUGGCACUACCCGUUCUCCUGUUCUCCUGCUGUCUCGAGCUUACCAUAUCGCAAGAGUCCAAUGCGUAUGGGCCUCACCCUGCCAAGGUAUCCUCGUUACCCAGGAAUAGAGGCAGUCUACCGCUCGCCUACUACAGUGUUACUCCGCAUCUCUCGUCGAAGCCGACGCGGUCGUAUGAGCAAAGAGGACAGACAGUACAUGUGUCCCUACCAACCCCAGAUCCUCAAGGUGGAUUGCAGUUGGAUCUUUCUGGAUGAGCCUGAAUCGAGAAGGCCCCGGCUCUGUGGUCCCAGAUGGAUGCGACAUGCAUACAAAAAGCGCCAUCACAACAACCACGGGUCCAUCGUGACCGCAUGACUGCAGGCGGGGAGAGCUGACACGUGGUCCAGAGAUUGAAGAGUGGGGCAGUAUCCUCCGGUUGCUUGGAUCAGCACACUCGGGGAUGAUUACCGCGGGCGGAGAGCGGGUGACCUCCGAGAUCAGCAGCCUCGGAUCAGGCAUGCAGGCAAAGAGCAGCUCUGACAGCUUGGUGGCAACACGGCGAUUCUGCGUGUACUGCACGACCUCCUCACGUCGUAGGCACGGGGGCACAGCAUGGACGACACAUCUCAGCAUAUCUCUCUCUCUGCUCCAGUCUCCGCCCCGGAGGUUGGAGAUCGGAGACCCGCCACGACAAAUCUUCCGC